CGCAGCGUAACCCUUCCGGGCGGGGGCGGCCGCUGCCGGGCGGGUCCCGCGGCCGAGGCGCGAUGGACUGAGGCGCGGCGGUAAGAACGGGAGCGGGGCGGCAGGCGGCGCCGGGCCGGGCCCUAACGGCUGUGUGUCCCCCUCAGGACGGCGCGGGAGCGGCGGGGCCUCGCCUUUCUCCUCAGGCGGGCCGGGGCUAUGCGAGGGCCGCGCGGCCGCCUGCCCUAGGCCCGGGCCGCGGCGGCGGGCCCGGCGGGGGAGCGGCGAGCGGCUGCAGGGCCCGAUGCGGGAGUACAAGGUGGUGGUGCUGGGCAGCGGGGGGGUGGGGAAGUCCGCCCUGACGGUGCAGUUCGUCACCGGGACCUUCAUCGAGAAGUACGACCCCACCAUCGAGGACUUCUACCGCAAGGAGAUCGAGGUGGACUCGUCCCCCUCGGUGCUGGAGAUCCUCGACACGGCGGGUACCGAGCAGUUCGCCUCCAUGCGCGAUCUCUACAUCAAGAACGGCCAGGGCUUCAUCCUUGUCUACAGCCUGGUCAACCAGCAGUCCUUCCAGGACAUCAAGCCGAUGAGGGACCAGAUUGUCCGAGUGAAGAGAUACGAGAAAGUUCCUCUGAUCCUAGUGGGGAAUAAAGUGGAUCUGGAGUCAGAGAGGGAGGUCUUAUCUGCAGAAGGCAGAGCCCUGGCUCAGGAGUGGGGCUGCCCCUUCAUGGAGACUUCAGCCAAGAGCAAAACAAUGGUGGAUGAACUGUUUGCUGAGAUCGUCAGGCAAAUGAACUAUGCCUCCCUGCCUGAAAAGCAAGAUCAGUGUUGUACAACUUGCAUCGUCCAGUGAGAGAAAUUAAGAAAAACCUCAAUCAUGGCCAUACAGAGCAGAUAAAACUCAGAGGAAACUUGCACAGAUGCUGCUUUGGAGAACUUUCAGCCCAGGUUGCAGAGCUGAGCCUUGGUAAACCUGUCUCUUAUUACAGCACAUUGCCAUCCAUCGAAGUGCGUGAGGCCGGUGGCCUCCGGGACCCGCACACCUUGAUCAGAACGCUUCGCAUGUUUACCAUAAGUUUAAGAGUCUGUUCUUUAUCUAUCAGUCCUUUUAUAGCUUUCUAAGUUCAUAUAAUGGCUAAUAUGCAAGAGUUCAUUUUUAAUAUUUUAAUUGAUUUCUUUAAUCAAUUUCUGAACUUGUAUUUAUUAAAUACUUAAACUCAGUAUUACCUACUCAAUGCCUUUUAAAAGAAGAGAGUUUUAAUGGAGAAUAAAUUGAGCCUUAAACAAAUGGUUACUUCUGUAUAUUACCUCGCAUCAGUGCUUACUUCUGUUUGCAAAGUUUUCUCCUCCGAUGUAGUUGGUCAUUCUUUGAGACUUUUUGUUUACGUGUGACAGUGUCAUGAAAAGAUACUGAAGGCACCUCUUGUCUGGAUGUAGUAUCCCUUUUCUUGGCAAAUGCAGCUGUGAUACCGUGCUUGUCACUGGUCUGAUUUGACAAUACUUGGAAUGAGAUGUAAAGUCUCCGGCUGAUGUUUCUUUUGCUUGCAGUCGUGGGUUUCUUAAACUCACGUAAUCAGAAAUGACAAUUGUAGCGUUGAAAAAAAUGGCAGCAUGCUUUUUUUUCCCCCUUCUGCUGAGUUUCUGAACUUGCUUGUUUACAAAUAGCUCCUCUAUGCCUUUGAAAAGGGACAUAGUAUCCUUCAGAAUGGGCUGUAUGCCUGGUCAGGCAGCUCAGCUUCACCUGGCACAUCGAGACAUCCAGUAGACCUCUGCACAUGUAAAUCUAAUGCAAAUAAGAUCACUUUACAUUUUAUAGUUCCUGAUAUUUGUCUUUCUGAAUAAUAUUUUAAAGCAAUAUUUGUUAAAGUUUUUUCUUGCACUGUCACAAAUGGCUUUUUUUUUAGUUUGUUUUUGAUUUUUUUUCCCAAUAAACAAGUUUAACAUUAGAGACAAGUUGGUGUAACAAGGGGAAAAGCACCGGGUUUCAGUGAUACUAACUGCAAAGUGUGCUUUAAACAGCCAUUGCCUUCCUUAUUGUUUACCUGAUCAACAUUUUUCUCUGAAUACUUGAAAAUUUUAACAAUAACACAGGUAUAAAGAGCAGAAUGAAGAUGUACAAAGAACAGAUGAAAUCUUUUUGUUCAGUUUAUUAACAUGUUGCAUACAUGAGAGCUUUUUCUAGCAGUGGUUUAAAAUGUGUAAUGGUUUUUUUUUUUGCAGAAAUCUAAUAACUGCAGCUCACCUACUGCACCAAAGUUCUAGGUUUUUAGGAGCCCAGCUUUAGUCAUUUGAACAUGCUUCUAGAAAUGUACAUUCUUUCCCUGUAAUAGCUAAAUAACUUUGAGAAAAGCUCCAGUAAAAGCAGUGAUGGAUAUACGAGGUUAAGCAGUUGCAAACUCACGAGUCGUAUUGUGGGUGAUGGCAUUCAAACCAAUAAAAGAGCACCGGUACAGUAUCUCAACACUCACGUGUUUUAUUGGUAACAGUGCAGGCUGACUUUACAGUGGUAGCAGAAAUGAAGAUUCUGAGUGUACAUUCAGUGUUGAAUUUGAAUCCUGACAAGAAGAGGGCACCAGGUUUUUCCGCUUGGCUGUUGAAACACCUGAUUGAUUUCAUUUUUAUUUUCCUGUGGGGUUACUUGAAUUGUUAUUCCCCCCCCAUCCCAUUUGUAAACAGGCUGAGGCUAGUACUUAGGUUUGCACUUUAAUAUCAGGAUUAAACCAAACCUUGUAUUCAAAGUAGGGUGUUUUGUUUCGUUUUUUUUUUCUUCAAGUGAUGCUUGUUGAUCUUUUUUGUAGGUUGUAAGGACGUAAUAGGACAUGAAAGUAAAUCAUGAAGACCUUAGUUUUCCUUUUGUCUAAGUGGGGGGGGAAGUUGGUUAAUAAUAAUCAGUGGUUCAUUGCUCUGGGUAGUGAUCAAACCAGUGUUCAUUUUCAUUGACCUCAGCAAAUAAAAUAGAAAAAAAAAAGAAAAAAAAAAGCCUUUUAAAACUUGAACUAGCUUUAGAGUGACAGGACUGGGCAAACGAGAGAUGGUUUCUUCAGCACACUUUGGGGGGAAAAAGGGACCAAAAGUUAUUUUAGGCUUCCUCAAUAGAUUGCAUGUGAAGUUGCUUAUUAGAGUAAGAGGCUAAAUAAUAAAUGCAAUAUGUAUUGUCUUUCCUAUGGCAUCUGUUUAGGAGUUGUUCAAAUCACUGCAGUAGGGCUCUACAAAGAAAAAUGUAACCUAACAUCACGUAUCUAAUGUACUGUAUCUUUAUCAGUGAUAGGUGAAAUCUGGAAUAACAAGUGCAAAAACGGAACAAUUACCUAUAAUGCUUUGUAAAAAGUUUUUUCCAGUAGAAUUCAUUCUUGUCAUUUUGUAAGACAACCCUACAGUCCACCUGUUUGUAACUUUUUUAAUAAAAUAGAUACCUGUAUUACCAAA